AUGGCGUAUCCUCAGUGCUAUGAUCCAUAUAACCCUGGUUUUCAGUAUGAGGAACCUGAUUCUGAGUUUGAUGAUUCACCCUUCAACGUUACUGUCACUCUGUGUCCUAACUGCAAGAAACAAUGCCAGUCAGCUGAGGCAGUAAUUGAACAUCUAAACAGUGCAGAUUCGUGCUGGCCAGAGAACCUCGUUGACGGAUUGAUGCUGCCUCAAAAUAUCACCCCCACCUCUGGCUACCAUUACCUGCUUCCAGAUCAACCUCCUCCGCAAAAUAUGUUCCAAGAAAUGCAAAGCCAUCCUCUUCAAGAAGCCAGAGAGACCAAUGUAUGGUAUCCAUUUGAUGGGCUGGGUGAAUGGUCGCUUGCAAAAUUCCUCGUCGAGAACCUUUCCCAGACGCAGAUCGACAAAUUCCUCAAGUUGGAUUGGUUCAAGACAAGAGAGCGGCCACAAUUCAAGUUGAAGGAUGAACUAUUCUUCUACAUGCAGCAGCUUCCUGGCCGUGGGCCAAAGUGGCAGAGUACAAAGCUUAAGCUCAAGGGCUACGAAAGUGAACAGCCGAUUCACCUUAUUUGGAGGGACGGGUUGGAGGUUACGAAGCAGCUCUUUGCAAACCCCAUUUAUGCGAACCAUAUGUGCUAUGACCCUCACCGUAUCUAUCAAGGACAAGAGCGUCAAUUCGGAGAAUUCUGGACGUCAAAUGAUGCAUGGGAGAUUCAGGAUCAACUACCCGAAGGGGCGACUAUUGUUCCAAUCAUUGCUGCCUCCGACAAAACCCCAGUUACAAGACACACGGGUGGCCUUGAGAUGCACCCACUAUUUCUAACGAUCGGAAAUAUUCAGGCCGACGUCCGCAUGAAGGCGACAUCGCAUGCAUGGCGAUGUACUGCAUUCAUGCCCAUACCAACUUUCAUCGUCAACUCCGACUUUCAAACUCUACUCCGGUCGCGUUUAUGGCACAAAUGCAUGGAUCUUGUAUGCUCUAAUUUGAAGGUCGCAGCCCGUGUUGGCGAGUAUAUGGUCGAUCCCUCGGCCAGAUUGCGAUACUGUUUCACCCCUCUUAUCAGUCACAUAGCUGAUCUCCCCGAACAACUGAUGAUCGCAUGCUCGCUUUGCAACCGUGUUGACCCAUGGGAUCUUAUUAUAUUCCUUAGAGAGGCCAAAAAGCUUCACCUCAGUGGGGUGCACUUGCCGUUCUGGAGAAACUGGAGGUUCUGUAAUCCUGCAAAAUUUCUGACGCCGGAGAUUCUGCACACGCUGCAUAAGUUCUUUUUCGAUCACGUUCUUAAGUGGAUUAAACAGGUCAUGGGUCAUGAACUUGACAUACGGUUCAAGAGUCACCACAAGCGCACCGGUGUGCGCCAUUUCUCUGGGGGUGUCUCUCAUGUCAACCAAAUGACUGGACGAGAGCACCGUGAUAUCCAGCGCACAAUCGUGCCAACGCUGUGGGGUAUGGCAAGCCCUGGGUUCAUCCGCGCUGUGCGUGCGAUGAUCGAUUUUAUCUACCUUGCACAGAAUCCUCUCCACACCGAAUCCAGCAUCGCCUCCAUGAUUCAAGCACUGCGGGACUUCCACGAUCAUAAGCAGGCUAUCAUUGACGCAGAGGCCCGACAGGGAAAAGGUGGCGCUAAGGACGACUUCUUCAUUCCCAAACUAGAACUCAUGCAAAAUUUUGCUCGCGCGAUCUUCAAUGUCGGUUCACUCCUGCAGUGGACAGCAGACAGAGACUUCAUUCUGCAGAUCGCUCGCAUCCUCGAUCGGGAGGAGACUAUCCGGCUGUUCGACCUUUACACAUUGUUAUCUUCAUCUACGUCUACUCCUGAUCAGGAUCCGCUCAUCAAUGCUGUCAUCAUUGAAGAUGAAGAGAUCGCCAGUACAGAAACAGAUCCUACUCUUGCUUGGGUCUCCAAUGUGAACCCAGCUGCCCAGCUACGUCUACAAGGCCCGCGCCCUGUUCAUAAUCAUUUCCUGAAGGGUAUCAUAUCGGACAACGCACGGAUUGCCUUCAACGUGACCAUGAAAGCAGAUCGCAGCCGCCUCGAUGCGUCUCAGCUGCAGUCAUUAUAUAAUCUCCCUGAUUUCGCGCAUGCUUUACACCUCUAUGCAACCUGCAAUGGCUGCACACUCCCUGAUCAUGUAUCAUUCAAUACAUGGUUGAAAUUUCGGAUCCAGCUACAUUCCGCCUUCCACACUUGUAGAAUCAUGCCAAGCCAACAGAUUCAUGCCGAACCACCUUCCAGUAAUUUCCCUGGAGGGAACUGUGACGCCAUGUUAUUUAGCCAGAGGGUCGAUGGUGAUAAUGACAGGUCUUAUGUCGCUCAAAUACGAGCCAUAUUCCAGCCAAUUCUUCCUAGAGGUUCCCGUGCGCAGCUCCCUGAGCGCUUGUCUCAGGUACUGGUAUACAUCCAGCAUUUUGACUUCGUUGUACCUGGCCCCGAGCCAUCCACGGGUAUGUGGAUGGUUAGACGAUCAUAUAAUCGAUUCCCUUCCCAGCCAGGGAGGGUGAUCAGGCGCGGAUCCAUAAUCCCUCUCACAGACGUUACGCAUGCGGUGGAGAUUAUACCUGUGUAUCAAGGACCAUUGGGCAAGGACGUAAAUUCCGGGAACUCGCUGGAGACAAAGAAUUAUAUCACUCGUUAUCGGUGA